AUGUCAGGCUCAAAACCUACAGCUGCAUGGUACAAUGAAAUCUCCUUAUACAAUUAUAAGUCGCCAGGUUUUUCUGCUGCAACUGGCCAUUUUACCCAAGUUGUAUGGGCUGGUUCCACGCAGUUGGGCAUCGGAAUUGCAUUCACCAGUAACAAUUUGGCCGCUUAUGUUGUAGCCAACUAUUUUCCUCCAGGAAAUUAUUUGGGGCAAUUCCCAGCCAACGUACUUCCACGAUGCGCUACAUCGAUUAAUAAUUCAGCUGUCGGCAUGACUGAACAGUACCCUAAUUUAUCUGCUAGUUUUGUCGAAUUUAGCUUAGUUCUUUGUUUAUUUUUAUACUAA